AAACACAACGAUCAAUAGCAUGACACUGAACGUUGAAACAGACAGCCCAUAGAUCUCAAGCCCAUCCCAUUACUCCAUUAUUAUUACUUCAGACUUGCCAACCCUUAAUAAUCCACAAUGGAUCAAGAUGCUGAUAAAGUGGACCCGCACAGCUUGUUUAGCGGAAAUCAUGAAAUGGAGAUCUGUCUAGAAGGAGAAACAGAUUUUGAGAAGAAUUUUAUCAACUGCAAGAAAAACCCAGGUCAUCUUGACCUGAUACCUGUGAAAGAUUUCACCGUAGACUACCUGCCACCCAACUACCAACACAAGGACAUGGUGGAUCUGGUCACGUGUUUAGCGGCCCUAACCGUCAAGCUCGAGGUCAGCUGCACCAGCACACAGCGACCGGAUUUUUUCGCCCACUUUGGCUGUAAAUAUCCGGGUUUCGGCUCAAAAGGGAGGUCCUUAACGAGAACAGGAACCGGAAAAAUCAAUGGGGUUCGAAAAUUCACGGAAAACGAUAAUAAAACAUGUACUUGUCGUUUGUGUAAGGAUUCGGAUACACCCAGUAAAGUGUGGGCGGAGGUUGAUGUAUUGACAGCCAGACAUGUUGUGUUUGAUGACAGCGAGGCGAGGAUGACGAGGUGUGUUGGGGAUUUCGAUGAAAAAGACAGUCAAGUAUUCAACCUAGACGGAAGAGUCACUGUUCUCGCGGAUGUUAAGGGUGACUUAAGUAGGGUCACGUGUGUGUCAUGUGACUUGAACUUAAUCAACAGGCUUGAAAAAUUAGUCAGGCAGUUUGUUAUUCUAUGCUGCAAUGCGAACGUUAAAUAUGGUAGUUUAAAGAAUGUGGACAAGUUGGUGGUGAUAGUGUCACACCCUCAUGGCUGUCCUAAACGGAUUUCUGUCGGACAAUGGACGGACAAACACGACUGGUGGGGGUUGUCUAGGUACACGUACACAGCGUCCACUUGUCCGGGUAGUAGUGGGGCAUAUGUGUACAAGCUGGGGUGUAUGGGGGUGUACUCACACCCUCACAGUGGGUCGUGUGCCAGUGUUAACUACAGUGGGGAGUUAUGGGACUCUGUGAAUAGCUGAUACACAUAUAUAAUACACAACUGUACAUACAUUCAAGUGGGGAGUUAUGGGACUCUAUGAAUAGCUGAUACACAAAUAGAAAACACAACUGUACAUUCAUUCAAGUGGGGAGUUGUGGGACUAGUUGAACAGUAGAUACACAUAUAGAACGUACAACUGUACAUACAAAAAAGCGGGGAGUUAUGAGACAGUGAACAAUUGGUAACAUACAAUGGUACAUACAUUUACAGUGGGGAGUUAUGGGACACUGUGAACAGUAGAUACACAUAUAGAACACACAUAUAGAACACAUAGCUGUGCAUACAUUAAGGUGGGGCGUUAUGGGACUCGUCGUAUUGUUUGUCCUUAAAUAAGGGUUCAAAAGUUUUUAAUUAUUAAAACAAUCAGAUUUUCUUUUAAAUAUUUUACAUCCAGCGC